AUGGAUGACAAAGGAGGAGGAAGAAACGUGUCGAACUCGUUUCUCAGCUCCAACUGGGCCGAUUUGACUCACGAGUGCCUAAUCAAUAUCCUGUUACGCCUCUCUCUCGAAGACCGAUGGCGAACAGCCAUGUUGGUCUGCAAACCGUGGCUUCACGCCAUCAAAGACCCGGUUCUUAACUCGGUCUUUGACCUCGAAACCUACUUCGACCCGGAUGCUGAGUCACCCACCUGGUGGACCUGGGAAUUCGAGCAAAAAAUCGACGCUAUGUUGCGAUCCGUCGUCGUUUGGAGCGAUGGGUGUAUGGUGGAACUUCGUGUCAGGCAUUGCUCUGAUCGCUCUCUCUCUCUGGUUGCUGAAAGGUGCCCAAACCUUCAAAUCCUAUCAAUUAAGAGCUGCCCCAAUGUAAGUGAUGAAUGCAUGGAUGAGAUGGCUUCUGGAUGCCCCAAGCUUGAGGAACUUAACAUUAGCUACUGCUAUGGAAUAUCUCAUGAAUCUUUGGCUGUGAUUGGAAGGCACUGCCCUAACCUCAAAAUUCUGAAAAGGAACCUGAUGAAUUGGUGGAAUCCUUCGUAUCAUGAAGGAAUUGUCCCAAAUGAAUAUCUGAAUGCCUAUCCUCAAGAUGGAGAUUCAGAAGCUGCUGCAAUUGGAAAAUUCAUGCCUCAUCUGCUAAAUCUUGAACUUAGGUUCUCAAAGUUAACAGGCAAAGGACUUGCUUUAAUUUCUGAGGGAUGUCCGAAUCUCAAAUAUGUGGAUCUAUCUGGUUGUACGAACGUGACUAGUAGUGACGUUGCAAACGCCUCAUCUAAUUUGAGUGGUUUGGCUACUAUCAAGCACCCCAGUUUCUACCUCCCUAGGUUAUUCUUUCACCCUGACAGGUAUGGCCGCUAA